AUGAUUUUGCAAGAAAGAUAUUCCAAGGCUAAAUGUCUGCCAGGAAAGACUUACAGAUUUACGGGAUCUGCCAUCCAGGCUAGAGGUGGUUGUAGGGCCACAUUCGAGGUUUGUUACGAAGACAUACAAGUAACGACCACAACGACUCCAGUCAUAG